AUGGAAGCAUUAAAAAUAACCUUUAUUUUCUUUCUUCAUAUUCUCCUUUUCAAUUCACUUCCAUUUGCACUGAACACUGUAUCAUCUAAGAGACCAGAAGCAGAGGCUCUUGUAAGGUGGAAGAACGCCUUAUCACCUCAUGAUUCUCUUGAUUCAUGGGACCUCAAUAAUGUUAGGAAUCUAUGUAGCUGGACGGGGGUUGUAUGCAGUACUGAGGGGUUGAUUUCUGAAAUAAACUUGUCAGGUGCAAACCUUAGUGGCACGCUUGACCAACUCGAUCUUACUUUAUUUUCAAAUCUCACAAAUCUCAACCUCAGUCAUAAUGAUUUCCAUGGGUUGAUACCAUCUACUAUAGGUAAUCUCUCCAAGCUCACUUUCUUGGAUCUGAGCUACAAUAUGUUGAGCGGCAUCAUUCCACCGGAGAUUGGAAUUCUGACAGAGCUUGAGUACAUUAGUUCUUAUAACAACAGCCUCAGUGGGCAAAUUCCAUAUCAAAUUAGUGAUCUUCAAGAUCUCCGGUAUUUGGAUUUUGGAUCCAAUUACUUGACAUCUCCUGAAUGGUCUAAAUUCAAGAGCUUCCCCGUAUUGACAUACCUUUCAUUUUCUUUCAAUUCACUCACCUUGGGAUUUCCGGAUUUUAUACUUUCUUGCCAGAACCUCACUUAUCUUGAUUUUUCAUUUAACUUCUUUAUUGGUGAAAUUCCAAAUUCAUCAUUCACUCAUCUGGACAAGCUUGAAUAUCUCAACCUUACUGGUAACUCAUUUCAGGGUACCCUGCAAUCGAUUUUUACCAAGCUGACGAAAUUGAAAGGUAUUGAGUUAGGAGGGAACAACUUCUCUUGUUUAAUUCCUGAUAUUUUUGGCUUGAUGCCAAAUCUGGAAUUCCUUGGAGUAACUUCAUUUCAAGGAAAUAUCCCAUCUUCUUUAGGUAAACUCAGGAAUCUUCAACAUCUUUAUCUCGAAAUCAAUAGCCCACUCAAUUUCACAAUUCCUUCUGAGAUUGGCCUCUGCACAAACCUUACCUACUUGGUUUUAGCUGGGAAUUCACUUAUGGGAUCCUUACCUUUAUCCUUCACCAACCUGACCAAGAUAUCUAUAUUGGCUAUCAUUGAUAGUAAUCUUUCAGGUCACAUCUCACCUUAUUUUUUCACAAAUUGGACCCAACUAACAAGAUUAUUUAUUGAAGGAAAUUCUUUCACGGGGGAAAUCCCAUCUGAAAUUGGUUUGUUGACAAAUCUCAAUUUGCUUGUUCUAAGUGGCAAUAGAUUUUCAGGCUAUAUCCCUCAAGUGAUAGGAAGCUUGCGAAAUUUAUCCAUCCUAGAUCUUUCAGUCAACUUAUUUUCAG